GUGGCUGCGCGUGAGGAGCAGGGCGCAGGCGCAGAGCGCGGCGUGACACUCGUGUGGAGUGGAAGUCUGUCCGUACCCGGUGGUUCAGUGUCUGUCAGCGGAUCAUGUCGUGGCUGUUCGGGCUCAAUAAAGGUCAGAGUGGCGCUCCGCCGGAGGGCCCGGUUCCGCCUGCUCCUCCUCCUCCUCCGCCCGGCGGCUCCGGUUCUGGUUCGGCUGAUAAACCCAAGGACAAAUGGAGCAACUUCGACCCGACGGGGCUGGAGCGCGCGGCGCAAGCGGCCAAAGAUCUGGACCGAUCCCGUCAUGCCAAAGAGGCGCUGGAUCUCGCGCGCAUGCAGGAGCAGACCGUCCAGAUGGAGCAUCAGAGCAAAAUGAAGGAGUACGAGGCGGCCGUGGAGCAGCUGAAGGGCGAGCAGAUCCGCGUUCAGGGUGAAGAACGCAGGAAGACACUGAAUGAGGAGACCAAACAGCACCAAGCGAGAGCUCAGUAUCAGGACAAACUGGCGCGGCAGCGGUACGACGACCAGCUCCGACAGCAGCAAAUUCUGAAUGAGGAGAACCUGCGCAAACAGGAAGAGUCGGUGCAGAAACAGGAAGCCAUGAGGAGAGCGACCAUCGAGCACGAGAUGGAGCUGCGGCACAAGAACGAGAUGCUGCGCGUGGAGGCGGAGUCUAAAGCUCGUGCCCGCGUGGAGAGAGAGAACGCUGACAUCAUCCGCGAACAGAUCCGACUGAAGGCGGCCGAACACAGACAGACCGUACUGGAGUCCAUACGGACUGCAGGCGCCGUGUUCGGAGAAGGUUUCCGCACAUUCAUAUCCGACUGGGAUAAAGUCACGGCUACGGUGGCGGGACUGACGCUGCUGGCGGUGGGCGUUUACUCGGCGCGUAACGCGACAGCUGUGGCGGGGCGCUACAUCGAGGCUCGGCUAGGAAAACCUUCGUUAGUACGAGAAACCUCUCGAAUCACGGUGGUGGAAGCCCUCAAACACCCCGUCAAGAUGGCGAAGCGUUUGAAGAGUAAAGCGCAGGACGCGCUGGAGGGAGUCGUGCUCAGCCCGUCUCUGGAGGAGCGCGUGCGUGACAUCGCCAUCGCCACCAGGAACACCCGACAGAACCGCGGACUGUACCGGAACAUCCUCAUGUACGGCCCGCCGGGGACGGGGAAGACACUCUUCGCUAAGAAGCUAGCGAUGCAUUCUGGGAUGGAUUACGCCAUCAUGACGGGGGGAGACGUGGCUCCGAUGGGGCGUGACGGAGUGACGGCGAUGCACAAGGUGUUCGACUGGGCCGGAACCAGCCGCCGCGGGCUGCUGUUGUUUGUGGAUGAAGCCGAUGCAUUCCUGCGCAAGAGAUCCACUGAGAAGAUCAGCGAGGAUCUGCGCGCGACUCUAAACGCAUUCCUGUACCGCACCGGAGAACAGAGCAACAAGUUUAUGCUGGUGUUGGCCAGUAAUCAGCCUGAGCAGUUUGACUGGGCCAUAAACGACCGAAUCGACGAGAUCGUGAACUUCAUGCUGCCGGGACCCGAAGAGAGAGAGAGACUCGUGCGGCUGUACUUCGACCGAUACGUGCUGGAGCCGGCCACUGGAGGACGCCAGCGGCUGAAGCUGGCUCCGUUCGAUUAUGGGCUGAAGUGUUCGGAGAUUGCGAAGCGUGUGGACGGCAUGUCUGGACGAGAAAUCUCUAAACUCGGAGUCGCAUGGCAGGCGGCGGCGUACGCAUCCGAGGACGGGGUCCUGACUGAGGCCAUGAUCGACGCCCGUGUGGACGAGGCCAUCCGGCAGCACCGGCAGAAGAUGGACUGGCUUCAUGGAGAAGGAGUUCUGGACAACGAGGGCCGACCGGCACCAGAAACACCCGCUAAAGGCACGAAGACGGGCUUCACGCCGCCGCUGAAGGCACAGGAAGUGCUCAGCCCUCUGCAGGAAGUCCCGGAGGACAGCAGGAAGACGUCAGAACAGAGCAAACCUGACGGGACUCCAGUUUAACGCUCGUUUAGAGUCACGAUCAUGUGUUAGUAGAAGGAAUGAUUAAAACCGCUGUAACUCGCGUCUGUGUUUGUGUCGGUGGCUGAUGUUUACUUCACUGUCAGUGAUCACAGAGACUGGAAACAACUUCAUGAAAUCAGAUGGAAACUGUUUUUAUGUCUGACAGUAAAGCAACUUUCAUUUCUUACGUCUGUUCGAGUUUGAGUUGAACCAUGUUUUUUGUCUGCUUGUUGACUCAAUCAACACGAACUGAUUCAGAAAUGUUUACCUUGAAUGUAAUGUAAGACGUUUUGGUGAAAUGUAUCUGCAAAUGCAUAAACUUGACUAACAAUA